CUGCUCUAACUCCCCCCAGCAUGCAAAACCUCCGCAGUAUGUCCAAAGAGCGGACCCACUCCGUCUCCUCCCCCAACAUCGACCCCAAUGGCCACAUCACCAUGGACGCCUCCCGCGACGAGCUCAUCCUCGCCGUCAAGCGGCAGGACGCCCUCCUCCCCGAAGUCCCCAAGCUCACCACCUGCACGCCCGCAAACUUCGAAGAAUGGCUCUGCGUCCUCGCCACCCGCCUCAAACUCCUCGGGCUGCACGCGCACGUGUUUCAUGGGGUCGCGGUCCCGAAGCCGGCGGGCCCGCCCACUGCGGACGAUCGGCGGAAAAUGAUGAAUUAUAUGACGAAUGAGAUGCGGGCGAAGUGUCAGGUAGUAUCGUUCAUUUCGGCAGCGGGGCUGCUGGCGGUGAAGAAGGGGGGAUUCGAUGAGUUUGAUACACCGGCGAAGGAGCUGUUUCUAAUGGUCGUGAAGUGGGCGGGGGGGAUGUGCGAGGGGGGGAACGUCGCGGUGCAGGAGAAGUUGAAGGAUUUCGAGGCGUGGGGGAUUAUAUGAGGGGACUUACUGCUGGGUCAUUGGGGUAUUUGACUGGAAGGAAUUGAUUUUCUGGGGGAUAUACAAGCGAUAUUUGGUGUUUUUUCGAACGGCUACGUCACCAAUCUGGAUGGUGGAUGGAAUUCGGGAGCGGGGCACGUUCACGAUGAAACCCGACCGAAACCAAUAUCCCAACUACAAGCUCUAUAGUAGCCCAAUGCUUUAUCUUGAAUUCUUGAUGGAAGUAAUAUUCCUCCUGUUUCGUGAUCUAGCAUGGAGGAGAUUUGCGAUAUAUCUCAUCCUUCUUAUUCCUGCACUGUGCAUGGAAAUUUCCACGUAAUAUUGACCAGUAUCCAAUCAACGGGUGGAAUCAACCCGCUGCACUCUAGACGACCCUGCCUCCGUGCCUCGACCUCCCCCGCACCAUCAGAUUCGGGCUCCCCUACAAUGAUGAAUUGUUCCAAGCCAACAGGGUCAUCCUCUCACCAAAAAUUCUCAGUUUAGAAGAUAGAGGACAGGAG